GUCGUCUGCUGCAUGUUGCAUGGCAAAAAAUAUUUUAGAAAAUCGGAACCAAUUCAACUUGAAAUUUGGUGAAUACACGAUAGUAAACUGCAAUCAUCAUGAGUGACAUGAGUGACAUAGAACGACUUAGAGCCCAGAACUCGUCCCUUCUCAAAGCACUGGAAAAAGGACAGCACAACUUGAGGGAAUCCGUCAGGUCAACAGUUGCCAGUAGAGGGAGCCCUUCAAACAAGUUUCCAAAAAACGUUCUACGAGAAAAGCCUGCAGAAUUAAAUGUCCGAUUUCAGAGGGAUCCGCUGAACCUAUCAACAGUGUCAUCAAUUCGGCACAAGAACUUGAGUGGCCAUAGAAAACGUCUUACAAGUACACCUAAAUACUCCAACCAAUCAGCGGACAUGAUGGAGAAUUCAACAACUAAACCAACGGCAACUGAAACACCAAAUCGAUUGUACCAAAGUUUCCUGAGUGAGAGCAGUUCUGCAUUUGGACAUAGUCCAGAGAAGUUAAAGGAAGCUGAAAAGAGCAUCACAGCCUCCCGAAGACGAGGGACUUCAAAGAGUGCAAGUGGCAGGCGGAAGGGGUCAAUCCAAAAGAAAUCACCAAAAUCACGACCACAGACAGCCCAACUUUCCUUUACUUCAAAUCAGAAUAGUCGUGGAUCAAGGGCUAUGUCAGUUCAGCUGGAAACAUCAAGUUUGCUUCCACCGCCACUGUCCGAAAAGGAGAACAUUAUGGGUCAUGGGUCAAGGUAUGGAUAUCGGCGGCCUCUUGAGUUAGCACAUGAGGAAUCUUACUACCAGCUGAACAGGGAGAGUCAGCAGGUUACCAACGAAGGUCGGAUACAAAGAAGUUUCGCAGGGCAACUUUUAGCAGAUGGGAAUGAUCGACAGCAGACAAGAAGUCUUGUUGCAGCCAGACCUAAGUCAAUUUUAACAACGCCAGGAGCCAAAAUGAACAAGUCAAGGAACAGGGUGAGUUUCCGUGGAUCCCCAAAUGCAUCCAUCUUGUUUGGCCCAGACACAGACAUAGCCAACGAAACCCUCAGUAAUCGAACCAAACCCCUUCUUGGCUAUGAUUGGAUAGCAGGCUUAUUAGAUUCAGACUCCCCAACCAAUAAGCAGUCAGAAGAUUUCUUUGAAGAGAUGCGGCAGUUCCGGCAAGCAAACAGAGAGGAGUGUGUUCACAAGUCAUUAACAGAGGAACCAAAUAUCACAGCAAGUUUCCAGAUGACCACAGCUCAGUCUGAUGAGGAGGUUGCUGAUGUAGAUAAACAUACAUGUAUUCAUAACUACACAUUGAACCCUCGUCUGUUUGCUGUACCUCUACAUGGCACCCAGUAUGGUGAGAGCUUGUGUGCGGUUUGCAAUGACCGUCGGAAACUGAAGCAGCCAGCCUCCACCUCCCCGUCCUACAUACGUGUGAGUAUACCAAGGUCAACCCUAGCCUCUCCAUACAGGAUCCGACCUCAUCGAAGAAAGAGCUAUGACCCUACUGACUCUGUUGGACUGUCCCAGCAUUGUCUUGCUGGUUGGGAGAGCUCUAAACCAUCUAUGCUGCCAACAGCUUCCAAUAUUGAUCUUAAGGACUCUAUAAACAAGAUGGGAACCAAUGUGCUUAAUCUUAUGUCUUAUCCAGCACAAGACCAAACUUUCCAAGAGAGUCGCUCCGGUCGAGCUUCAAGAAUAUCCAAGCACACCCAGGAGCUUCUGAAUCGCUCUCAUGCCCUUCAACUUAACCUACAGAAGCUUGAGAGAGUUGGUAUGUCUGUAGCCCGCCUUCCACCAAGACCAAAUUCUUCCUCAUACAAUGUUAUCUAAAACUGAUUUAUAUUUCUGGAUUGUGUGAUAUAUUGUUCUCAAAUCUUCUUUGCUUUCAAACUGUUGUGUAAGGCAAUUUAUUACAAAUGAUAUGGGUUGAAAAAACAGAUCAGGUAUGUUGCCCACUUUUGUAAGAAUCGAUAUAAAAAUUUGUGCAACACUUUUGAUCAUUCCGUCACCCUUAAGGUGAUCCCCUGGCUGCCGCUUCACAGGUUGUAAUGUAAUCUAGGGUGUGAUCCCUGGCUACAUGAAUGAUAGAAAUGGAUUGACAAAAUAGAGACUGCCAACAUAGGGCUUGAUAUCUCAAUUGAUAGAGCGCCGACAUGUUAAUCCGGAGGUCGUGGGUAAUUAUUUCUUUUUUUAAUCCCAAACCAUUUAAAAUUUACCUAGUCAGUUUCCCUUAGUUUAUUGUUUGAUAACAUUUUAUUAAUUAUCCCUUAUUACUUUAUUUCUGAAAUAUAUUCAUAAAAAUACACUGCUUCAAUAAAUAAUUUCCUCCUAAUAAAAAAAACCAAGCUAAUCCCAUAAUCGGCAGAUGGGUCAUGUCAAGUGCCUGAAGUUAUGAUUGGGUUGCCGGCCUAAAGGUUUCUGGUCACGCUAAUGUCUUUUUGACUCAUAUCUUCAAAUUCAAAAAUGCACACCAAUUCUUUGCAAAUCUGGACAACCUACUUCUAGAUCCUGACUAAUGACAAGGUUCAAACUGGGGUGGAUUUCACAAAGAGUUAGGACUA